GCGAACGCGGCGGAGCCAGGUAGAUUGGGAUGUGUAAAUAAGCAGCAGCUGCACCAGGAUAACAGCUCCGUUGUUAGCAGCAACCAGCAAAACUGAGAGUGGCAGAGGAUCAGUUACAACUGACAGCCUCCCACUGUAUUAUGACUACACACUGAGGAAAUAUAAAUCAACCAACAUGCAUUGGAAGAUGAUUUCUUUCACAACUACGAACAAUGUCUGACACCUGUUUAAAUCAGUCUUGGAGUUAUACUUUUUUUUGAAACAAGGUGAAUCAAACAGAUGAAGGCAUAUUUUACAUGAUUUUUAAAUGCUGUUCUGUGUAUAGUUUUUUUUAAAAUAUGAAUCGUUACACAACUCUGAAACGGUUGGGAGAUGGCACAUAUGGCAGUGUGCUUAUGGGAAAGAGCAAUGAGUCUGGAGAAUUGGUGGCCAUCAAAAGGAUGAAAAGGAAAUUCUACUCCUGGGAAGAAUGCAUGAAUCUCAGGGAAGUUAAGUCACUUAAGAAGUUAAACCACGCAAAUGUUAUCAAGCUGAAAGAAGUUAUAAGGGAAAAUGACCAUCUUUACUUCGUUUUUGAAUACAUGAAAGAAAACCUGUAUCAGCUAAUGAAAGACAGAAACAAGAUGUUUCCUGAAUCAGUCAUUAGGAACAUAAUGUAUCAGAUAAUACAAGGGCUAGCUUUUAUUCAUAAGCACGGAUUUUUUCAUCGUGAUAUGAAACCGGAAAACUUGCUCUGCAUGGGUCCAGAACUUGUUAAAAUAGGAGAUUUUGGAUUAGCCAGAGAGAUUAGAUCACGCCCACCCUAUACAGACUAUGUAUCUACACGAUGGUAUCGUGCUCCUGAAGUUCUAUUACGAUCCUCAGCCUAUAGUUCUCCGAUUGAUAUAUGGGCAGUGGGCUGCAUUAUGGCUGAGUUAUACACACUGAGACCACUUUUUCCAGGGACCAGUGAAGUGGAUGAAAUCUUUAAAAUUUGCCAAGUGUUAGGUACGCCAAAGAAAAGUGAUUGGCCAGAAGGUUAUCAGCUUUCAGCUGCUAUGAAUUUCCGUUUUCCACAAUGUGUACCCAUACAUCUGAAGACAUUGAUUCCUAAUGCUAGUAAUGAAGCAAUACAACUAAUGAAAGGUACACUUCAUUGGGAUCCAAAGAAAAGGCCAAAUUCUGGUCAGGUACUACGAUAUCCUUAUUUUCAAGUGGGCCAAGCUUUAAGUAUUCCUAUGCAAUAUGUACAACAGCCACAGUUACAGAAUAACAUAGCUCAGCCAACAGAACUCAAGCAAGUAUCUUUGCCAAAACAUGAAUCUCAGCUGCAGCCUCCAUCUCAAGCCCAGCUUCCUUCUCAACCCCAGCUGAUAAGAACACAUCAACCACUCCAACAGGUACAAAUACUACUAGAGACUGUUAACCAAGAACCUCAAAAACAAUUGCUGAAAUUCACGCAAACCAUUCUUCCCUCCAUCAUUAACAACACCUAUCAGAAGCCAGCAACAGGAAGUGAGAAUAAUGCUAUAGGCUUCAAAAGUGGCAGACGGCACUGGGGUCAAACUGCACUGAGAACUAUGCAUGAUUGGGAUGAUUUUGGUAAUUCUGACUUUGGAAUGUCCUACGCAAAGAAACCUAGUGUGGUAGCAAUGAAGGAGAAAUCCAAUGAUGAUUCUUUUAAGAGGGCAGCCGAGCACAAACAGCAAAACCAUGAUAUCAGAGGAAACAAAACCGGUCCAAACACCACCAUGAUGAAAUUGGAUUCUGGAUUAUCUACAAGUUCAGCAAAGCAACACUAUUUGAGGCAAUCAAGAUACCUUCCAGACUAUGAUGCAUGGAAAAUCAAAUCAACCAGAUCCCAGCUCCCAGGCCUCAACUAUAACCCAGCUACAAAAAACUCUGCAGGACUGCUAGCCCAUCCACCAGCUAUUGAGUCAGUGCACGGAAGGACUGAUUGGACAACUAAAUAUGGUGGCCAUAGAUAAGCUGCCACUGUCAACAUUCUGUUGCAUCAGACCCUACUGAUCAUUCUGAACCAGGAACAGCUGCUAGUCUGAUGUAACAGCAGCGCCAAAACUAUCCAAAACAGCAAAGAUCGUAAACUAAAUUUAUUUAUUUUUACUCAUUCAUGGGAUGUGGGCAUCACUAGCUAGGCCAGCAUUUAUUGCCCAUCCUCAAU